AUGAAUAAUGAGUCUGACGAUAACAAGCGGAAGAGGCGUGGUCGUGGAGUGGGUGGUGUUGGCGGUGGUGCUGUGUUAAUAGGCGAUUCUAGUGAAAAGCAAACAGAGACAAAUUUACCGUCUCUUCAAGUCCCAAUCAGCGGAACUCAUGGAACGAUCACUCCGGGGCAUAUAGUUGCAGGGAAUAUAUCAUCUUGUCCACGAUUUGAUCGCUUGCGGUUGGCGGCGAAAGAAGACCGUCAUGAAAUACAUUUGAAACGUAUUCAGGAGGAAAAGAGAGCGGAAGAAUCACGUCAACGUCGUGCUGCCGCCUCAGAUACAAUUACCAUGAAUGAUUUUUACGCUACACUCUUUGUACCCGCUGUUUCAAGUGAAAAUGUAGUUGUUAGUAAUGGUGGUGAUCCUACGGCAACAACAGUACCCACAACUGCACCUACACCCAAUUUACAGUUUCGGGACCGUGAUGUGGUAUUGAAAGACGUGGAGGAUUCCUUUGUUGCUUGUUACUAUCAUAUGUAUCCAGAGGCCUUGACGCGGCAUAAAGAAGCCGAGGAGGAAGCCGAGCGGCGUAGGCGUUCAACCAUUGCCGCCUCACAGCUGGUAUCAUUAGCGGGUGAAACUGGACGCUCAAGAACUGCCAGUCCAUUGGGGAAAAAAAGUAAAGGAAAGAAGAAAAAGAAAGAAGAGCCGUUACCACGAGAGGGAGCACCUGCGGCAAAUCUUGGUGUUCUCUUAUCGGCAUUGAUAGCGGCAGGUGAUAGUAAAGGACUGAUCACACAAGAUGCUCUUGCGGAUGUACUCGCAAAGGCACCGUUUGAAGUACGAGACUCACAAGCAUUAGAGGCGUUUUUCUUCGCUGUGCGUUCAUCCUCUACGGCAAAAGGUACUACUGAAAGUGAAUCAGAACGUCGUUUGAAUAAUUCCUCCAGUACCACCACCUCCAAUACACGAGGAUUAAAGCGAAAUCCAUCCAUGCGGGUAUCUAAUGCACAAGUUCACUCCUCUACAGCUGCAUUAUCCCCAUCAAGCCCCAUCGCCAGUGUAGCCAACCUGCAAGCGAGUCUACGGCGUGGGCCACCAACAACAGGUGGAAGUUUCUAUAUUCGCCGUACUGGUUUCACACCACGGACCUCACGUGUCUUUACAUCAUCCGUUAUUAUGACAGCAGCGGCCAGUAGUGCUGGAGGUGGAGGAGGAGGUGCAGGAGGUGCUGCAGCUGCUGGUGGUGGUGGUGGUGGUGGUAGUAGUGCAGCUGAAGUUUUUCCUGCUCCAGUGGUUCGUGUACGAGAGGUGUUAGCAGCGGUGGAUGCAAUAAUGAAUGGUCCUGAACUGCGGGAUGUGGUGCGAUCCAUUUGUUUUAAUGUAUUGGAAACAGAUGGGUAUAUACAUAAAGCCACACUUCAAUCUAUGCGUUUAACUCGUCGGGAGGCAUGUGAGGAUAAAGAUGCGUUGGUGACGCCUUCUAUCGUAAAAGCGUUGGGUGACGCUAUUGAAGUGAUGCUACAGGAAGAGGAACAGGAAUAUAUACGUACACAAUUAAAAGAUAAGCGCCGUAAAAAUAAAGGUAAAGCACCUACACUUCUUCCACAUCAAAAGUCAGUUAUCCCAUUACAUAUGAUGAGACGAUCACAUAUGAAUCGAAAGGAAUUCUUUCGAUUUUUUGAUGAAUUACCACUUUUUGCGGCUUCUUUUAUGCAUGUAUGGUUUCCUGCCUUCUUUUCUACUACCUGGCCGCCGGUAAAGCAGGUGACAGUGUAUGAUACAAACACCGAUGAUGCAAUAGAGGAGGAAUAUGAUGAAAACGAGAUUAGUAAUAAUACCAACAAUAAUAUCAGUAACACAACAAGCACUAGUAAUGCUUUUCUGCAUCCUUCCUUUGGAGAAACAAGAUCACAACGCGAAGUGUUUGAAUGGGAUAAAGUUGCGACUGGAUCUUUGGCGAUAUUACUUCGUAGUUCAGUACAACGUCGUAAUUUGGCACGAAAGAUAGUCACAGAGCGUUUAGAUCACAUGAAACUAUCAGCACCAGAAGAUAGUGAUGCCACUGUAUGA